CUCGUACGAGUACUUGGAAAGAGAGUCAACCUCCAGGCCGCAUUCUUUCCACAGAAUUCAUUCAACAGUCUAUCCUUAUACAUCACGAAUAGUGAUCAUGAACCAGUUUAUCACAUUCUGUACGUACGUUGUACAUGUACGCUACCUACGAAAAGUGUUUCUAGAUUGAUGUUGUGCUUGGGUGCCACAGAUCUUGCAGGAAACAAUUUACCCCAUUGGCUCCAGAGCUGUUGUCAUGUCCACCCCAGUCGGUUCUUUUCGUCUGCUCAUUCUGUGCUUGAUCCUUCUUACGUUCUAAAUCCCAUUCAAACUUUACACCCUUCCCGUUUGCAUACUGGGUUCUUCCGAGCCUAAAGAUAUAUCAUAUAUCCCUCAAUCAUCCCCUGUACCAACAACUCGACAUAUGCAUCCACCGCACUUUGAUGUCCCGAUGCCUUCAACAGUGGUCUCCUCCCCCGAUAAUCCGGGUCUACCCGGCAAUGAGUUCAAAUAGGGCCUUUUCCCCAUGAUUAUUAUGUCUCCUGAAAGCAGACCAAAAUCCAACCAGCAAGAAUCUGUCCGACCUUUGCCCUAAACUUCGUGCCCAAAUCACCCCUCAAUAACAUUAUAAAACUUCAAGAUGGCAGGUCCCGCCAUGAACGGAGGCAAUUUCACUCUCGACAACACAACAGCCCCAAGUACUAAGAGUGUAUUCUCUCUAUUCUCUCUGAAAGGCCGAACAGCAAUUGUUUCUGGAGCUGGAGCUGGUAUAGGGCUGGCAGUAGCCGAAGCCUUAGCAGAAGCUGGAGCAAACGUUGCAAUUUGGUACAACAGCAACAAAAAGGCCAUUGAGGAAGCGGCGACAAUUGAGAAGCAGUACGGAGUGAAAUGUAAGAAAGGCCACGUUACUUCUCCCCCACUAUGGGGGUGUUUUUUUCUGUCCCCUCCCCCGCUAUUUGAUUGGAGCGCAUGAACUAACAGUAAACUCACGACAGGCAAAGCCUACCAAGUCGACGUUACCUCCUACGAAGCAAUCGCCGCAACAAUCGAGUCAAUUAUCCGAGAAUUCAAUGGACGUCUUGAUGUUUUCGUGGCCAAUUCUGGGAUUCCAUGGACGCAAGGGCCAAUGGUAGAUGGAGAGACCAGCUCUCAGCUCAAACACUACAAAAAGGUUAUGGAAACCGAUAUGGACAGCGUAUUUUACUGCGCCCGUGUUGCAGCUAUACACUGGAAACGACAAAAGAUUGAGCAAACUACAAUUGAUGGGAACCCACUUGAACCAGCGUUUCGAGAGGGAAGCUAUGUCGCGACGGCCAGUAUGAGUGGAUCCAUUGUUAAUAUCCCUCAAAUGCAAGCUGCAUACAAUGCUGCAAAAGCGGGUGUCAUUCAUCUAUGUACGUUACUAUUAAUUUUCGACUCCCCAUGUUUCGCCAAUGUUUUACUUACCUUGGGAAUUAUAGGCAAGUCGCUAGCGGUUGAAUGGGUCGGUUUCGCACGAGCAAACACGGUAUCGCCUGGAUACAUCGUAACCGAGAUCUCGAGUUUCGCUCCGGGCGACAUGAAGAAUGUCUGGAGAGAAAAGACACCGAUGGGUAGAGAAGGUGAGUGCCAUGAGCUCAAGGGUGCUUUCCUGUAUCUUUCUUCCGAUGCUUCGAGUUAUACCACUGGCGCGGACAUCAUUGUUGAUGGGGGGUUCUGUCUGCCUUAGACAUUGCUUAUUAAUUUUGGGGGUGAAAACGUCGGAGCGGUUUGGUUGUGCACCUAUGGGCCUUUCUUUAUGGAUUGUCUUUUGGAUAUAGCCAGUUUAUACUCAUAGAGAUACAUGAUAAAGUUCGAUGUCUUGGGUUC